UCUCAUGGGCGGGUUCUUUGUGUGGCCGGAGUUCCGUCAGCCUUAAAAUUGAGGAUUAGGGGGGGCUGUUGAUCUUCGCUAAUUCUAAUCGAUACUGGGUUCAGAACUGGGAUCGGAACCACGUUUGGGAACGGAAGGGGGUGUGACCGAUUUGGGGGAACGGGCAAUCGGGACAGUGCGUAUCGCUGAACAGUGUAAUCGCUCUAAAUACAGGGGAGAGCCGGGGGCCGCGGCAGGGCCUUUGAGGAGGGAUAGGCGGGGAAGGGGAGCCGAACCGGGUGGACCGGACCGGGCACGACCCGGGGGGACUAAAGAGACCAGCAAAAUUAACUACCCAGUGAUCUCAGGCGGUGGAUUAAUUGGUGGAGAAACUAGCGAGUAGCAGUAAAGAGACCGAGCCGGACCCGGCAAGAAGGACCGAGAGCAGGGAAAGAAGCGAGCCGGGGCUGAAGCUUCGCAGAGCCGAGCUGGAAGGAUGGGCAACACGCCCACGGCCAAAAAAGGCAGCGAGAUGGAGAGUGUGAAGGAGUUCCUCGCAAAAGCCAAAGAAGAUUUUCUGAAGAAAUGGGAGAAUCCAGCACAGAACACAGCCUCUCUGGAUCAGUUUGAGAGGUUGAAGACUCUGGGUACAGGCUCAUUCGGGAGGGUCAUGCUGGUGAAGCACAAAGAGACAGGCCAGCAUUUUGCCAUGAAGAUCCUGGAUAAACAGAAGGUGGUGAAGCUCAAACAGAUCGAACACACGCUGAACGAGAAGCGAAUCCUCCAAGCAGUCAGCUUCCCAUUCCUGGUCAGGCUGGAGGACUCCUUCAAGGAUAAUACCAAUCUGUACAUGGUGAUGGAGUACGUGCCUGGGGGGGAAAUGUUCUCACACCUCAGGAGGAUUGGUCGCUUCAGUGAGCCCCACGCCCGCUUCUAUGCUGCCCAGAUCGUCCUGACCUUCGAGUACCUUCACUCUCUCGACCUCAUCUACAGGGACCUGAAGCCAGAGAACCUGCUGAUUGACCAUCAGGGAUACAUCCAGGUAACAGAUUUUGGGUUUGCCAAGCGGGUGAAAGGCAGGACCUGGACGCUGUGUGGGACCCCAGAGUACCUUGCUCCCGAAAUCAUCCUGAGCAAGGGUUAUAACAAAGCAGUGGACUGGUGGGCCCUGGGGGUGUUGAUUUAUGAGAUGGCAGCGGGGUACCCCCCCUUCUUUGCAGACCAGCCCAUCCAGAUCUACGAGAAGAUCGUCUCUGGGAAGGUGCGGUUCCCCUCCCAUUUCAGCUCGGACCUGAAGGACCUGCUGCGGAACCUGCUGCAGGUGGACCUGACCAAGCGCUUUGGGAACCUGAAGAACGCGGUAGUCGACAUCAAGACCCACAAGUGGUUCGCAACGACCGACUGGAUCGCAAUAUACCAGAGGAAGGUGGAGGCUCCUUUCAUCCCCAAGUGCAAAGGCCCGGGUGACACCAGCAACUUCGACGACUACGAGGAGGAAGAAAUCCGAGUCUCCUUCACAGAGAAAUGUGGCAAGGAGUUUUCAGAGUUCUAGAGUCGGCCCUUGAGAGAGCGAGAGAGAGAGAGAGAUACCAAGAGGAGAGGCCUGCUUUGUCAGCUACAAAACUACAAGCAAACCAACGCUGUUUAUUUACUUUUUUUUAUAUACAUUUUGUUCAUUUUUGGUUUGGUUGGGUUUUAAAAAUGAAGGACAGGGUAAAUGCCUGGCUCAGUACAGUGUAGUAACAUUUUAUUUUUUACGUUUUUAAAUGGUUUUAUCCAAUUUGACCCAUUUAAACACAAGAAAAUACAGUAUACAGCUUUUGAAAUAUGUUCUGUUAUUAAAAAGCUGUAGAUGUUUUGUUUUUUUUUAAUAAUUAAAGGGUAACAGAUGGUAUUGUAAAAAGCUGAUUUUUUGAAAAUGUAUUUCCUACAUUUGUAACGUGCUGUCACCAAGGUUUGCAGUUCCCCGUUGUACUUUUAAACUCUAUUUAGCAAAGACAUUUUGCACAACUAUUGAACUAGAUCAAAAUGAGGCUGUGGUGUGUGUGUUUUUUUAUAUAUAAAGAGACCACACUCACUUUUUAGGUUAAUGUUAAUUUGUAACAAUAUAUUUAGACCUCUCUUCAUUGGCACAUAGAGAGAGAUGAAAAUGACCAGACCACUUUAAGGUCAGUUGGUGAGCUAGAAAACGGACUCCCUGUCUGUCGGAGCUUCAGAACUGAGGACUGGUUGGAGUGACUGAUGUAAACCGACACAAGAAACAUUUGCAGACGACCCAUUUUUGCUUAAUCUUUCUGGGACUGGGGUAAUUGUAAAGUUGUUUUGUAGCUCUGUAGCGUAGAUUAUGUUUGUCUGCCAACCCUUCAAGAAGACCUCCUUUUCUGUUUUAUUACGCUGUUGUCUGCUUACUUUACAUCACACUGUGAAAGAAGUUUAAAAUUCCCAGGAAAGAGUCUUUCUGCAUUUGUUUUAACUAAGCUCCUCCAUGGGGGGGAAAAAAAAAAUCAAAACAACAACUUUGGUUAAUUGUUACCGAAAGCUAUUGAAAAUAUAUUCAUUACCGUAAAUGUUUUCCGUUUUCGUCACACUUUCUUUAAUAUGCAUCAAUCGUAAACUCGAAUUUAAAAACCAAACGAAUGCCCUGCAUUAGUGUAGGAACAAUAACCCAUUGUGAUAUAUACUUUUAAAUGAUUUAUCUGUAUUGUGAAAGGAAUGCUGUACACCGAAUGGUACCUGAUGCAGCUCUAAUUCUAUCGAUGGUUUUUGGUGGCUGAUUUUGCCAGUUUGUACAGCUGUACGAAGCCAGUGAAGAUGUAUGGGUUUAUUCACGUGAUUUAUGAUCAUUGUAAUUAUUGUGAGAAUUGUAGGCCAGUUAUCUAAAACAGAAAAUGGCAUUCGCCCCUAAUAACUCCACUCUGUGAACCAGUCGGCUGAACUUUGCUGGAUUUAAAUAAUCCCUGGACAGCCAUGCUGAGCGUGUGUGGGACGAUGGUAAAAACCUCAAGCAGCAUGGGAGAGAGGAUGAUUGAAAACACAGCAAAAACAUUACCGUCCACUGGCACGUUUUGAGUACUUCCACAGGGGAAUCCGUUCCAGUAUCGAUGCUGCAGGGUACAGCAUGUAAAUCCUAAAUAUCAAAAAUUGUUUCUGUUGAUAUUGCUGGAGACAGGCACAGGAAAGUAAAUUGUUCUAAACACUCCACAGUGCUCAGUAAAGCUUUAAUUUAAUUAAACACUCUAUUUAUAUAAACCUUUAGAAAUAUCUGAAGCAAGUCAUGCACCAGGCGACCAGCGCCAUCUUGUGGUUUGGAGGUGAAACUUGGCGUGUGGCUUUAAAACAAAUGAAAUAUUACAAAUUGAGGGGAUUGUUAUUUUGUGGUGAAUUUCGUAUGAAAUGUUAAAUAUCGUGUGUCCUCUACAGAGGCUAGUGUGUUUAAACUGAGGGAGUCCAGGUUGUACAGUAAUGUGGAAAUGCUUCCAGCACUGCAGUAAACUUUUGCUUUCCAAGAUCAGUGUUUAUGAAGAUGUGCACGCUGUUGGUUUGUGGUCAACAUAAUGUUUAAAUGUGCUGGCUUUGUCUCUUUGUUUUUAUUUUAUCAUGUGUUUUUUAAAGCCAAGUGAACCACCAAUCCUGUCGUUUUUAUGAUUAUAACGGUUAUCAUCCGAGUUCUGAUUGGUGAAAGCGCACUGUCCAAUGGGAAGGCAAGAUUCCAUACCAGAUACUGUAUGUAAACUGAGACCUGAACAGCAUUCCCCUCUUAAUGAAAAACUGUCAUCUGUAGCUUAAACAAUCAAUACUAAAAGAAAGUAAACAAUUGCCAAACGUUUCGACUUGAAGGAAUUGACAAAUGCUUCUCGUCUUUGUCAUUUUAUUAGGUUUCUUAAUGAAACACUUAGAUUGUGGCUGUGACGAAUACACAUGGUGAAUCAAAACUCUGAACCUUUUUUUUUCCUGCCUUUUCAUUGAAGUGUUUCUGGACCAUGUUACGCAAUACGCAGAAAUGCUGGACUUGUGUACAGAACUAUUGGGCAGUCAUUCUGUGUGCAGUUACAGGUUGGCAACAGAAACUAUAUUUGUUUUAAUUCAUCACAGAAGCUGAAUAAGCAACUCGGACGCACAGAUCAACCAGAGCUGUAGCCCGUUUUUUUUUCUCUCUCUCUCUCUCUUUCUCUCUCUUCAAGCUAGAAAAUGAUUGCCAUCUCCUUUUUUACUUUGUCAUUCAGUGUUUCACUUUUAAACAAAUACAUUUCAGUCUUAGGUCUUUUUUUUAGGGAUAUGUUUUUAUUUUAUUUUCUAAAUGUAUGUACAAUCACAUGAUUUCUUAUUUGUUUGAUUUCUUCCCAUGACACACAUACAGUUAUUGGUGUGUUGUUAAACCCUCCCCUCCCCUAACACCACCACGGGAACUAAGUUUGUUUUUUAAAAAAAUCCUCCAUUUCUGCCUUUCACAGUCUUACAUCUUCCUUUUAUCUUCUUUUCCAUUAGAGAAUCUUAAACGACAAAGACAAAAAAAAGACAAAUACAAUUACAAAAAAAAAAAAAAAAAGUCUGUAAUAUUUUGCAACAUACAAGUAUCAUUCCAAUAAAGUUUUACUUGGUAAAAUUGAAAA